CAAGAGGAGCAUUUUCCUGGGUUCGUCCAGCUGUUCUGUUCAAUCCCGCCGUCAGUUCUGAGCAGGGAAGAGAGACUGUCAACACAAAUAAGGCAUUUUUCAAAGGCGUAAAUUAUGAGUUCCCAAAACAAUACGACAUCUCAACCACAUGGAGAAGUGGAGAGCCCCACAGCUGGAGCAGAUGUGGCUGUUAUUGGAGGUGUGAUUGCUGCCGUGGUAUUCAUCCUCAUUUGCCUGCUGGUGGUGAUGGUGAGGUACAUGUACAGGCACAAGGGCACCUACCACACCAACGAGGCCAAAGGAACCGAGUUUGCCGAAAGCGCCGAUGCCGCUUUGAAAAACGACCCCGCUCUCCAGGAGGCAGUGGAUGAGAGCAAAAAGGAAUAUUUCAUCUGAGAGGCAAGGAUUUCCAUGGAGACUUCCUCAAGGGAAUCAGUCAGAAGUAUAACAGCAACAGAAGUACUAAGAGAUGGUUAAUAUGAGGAUACAGGCGAGCAUCCUAAUUGAAAAGUAUCUAUCUGCUUUUUUUUGUCACUGGGUUGUUUCUUUUCCUCUAGCAGUGAAGAACUAAAUGCCAGAUACUUGCCUGUUGAUUUUAUUAGCAACACAGCUGGUCACAGUUGAAAUCAAUAUCAGAUAAGAAGAAACAAAAUCUCAGUAUGAGUGAUACACCAAAACCAGAUAAAGGUAGCAAAUGUCAAGCCUUGACAUUUGGUGAAAAUAGCAGAUGCCAAAUGAAAACAUCCUCUUAGAGUUAAUGAUGCAUCCUAUUCUGAUAUGAUGAAGAACUACCUGAAAUUGAAUUUCAAAUGGUAAUAGAACAAACAUUAAACUAGAUAAAAGUGAUCUAGCUCGAAAAAAUAUAAAUCUAUAGCCCAGACAUCCCCCUCCAUCCCCUUAAAUGUGCAUUUUUAUUGGCACAGGGGAGUUUAUGUUGGAUUUUUGGGGGGAUUUACCCUGGGAUUUCUUUUUUUAUAUUUGAAUUUUAUAUAUAUAUAAAAAUCAAAGACAAUUCAAAGAAAUAAACCUCUUGGAAAACAUGGAAAAGGUAAGAGUGAAGGAUUUAUUACUGACUUUCUCUGCAUGGCAGCUUGAGAACUGCAAGAUGUUGGAAUUUACAAUAUAGUAUACCAAAUAGUCAGUAGAUGUACAAAUAUGAUUCCAAUUAGUCUGUAGCUUUUCUGCACACAUGCAUAAAUAGGUAGAUAUUAAAAGGUAAAGCAUCCUGGUUUGAGCAGGCCCUUUGAAACAAUGGAGCUCAGCUACAUUUUUUUUCAUGUAAGAUAUUUUUGCCUGAAUAUUUAUUUAUUUAUUUUGCAUUAGAAAAUUCUCUGAGUGCCCACCAACAGGACUGUAGAUUUUUGCAGGGAGAGGAAUUCAGUUCUGGAGCAGAUAUGAGUACAUCUUUCACAAAUGCAACCUUAUAAUUGUCACUAUAAAGAAGCUUGUUCAUCUGCAUCCCACUGGCUUUAUUUCUCGCUCUGUAUGGCUUCUGUGUAUCCUUUGCAGUGUGCUAGACCAGAGAAUUACACUGCCAUCAAUGCUUUAUUAUAAAUAAAUAAAUAAAUAAAUACAUAAAUAAAUAGAUUAUUCAUGGUGGGUCACAUGAAAAGAUAUUCCUCACUUAAGAAUCAACGGUGAUGAGUUUCGUUACCCCAGUAAGUUGGCUUCCUAAUUGAAGCCCACAAUUACCUCCAGAAAUAGGAUAAUUGUUCUCUGCACCUGCUCAUCCACAGCUGUCAUGGUGCCCUGGACUACUGAAAAUAGAGGUGGAGAAAUGCAAGAUAACAAACAAGAUACUGAUGAGCUCUACUCAAGUCGAUAUAUUUUUUCCUGUGCUUUGAUCUAUAUAUGCGUGUACAUAUAUAUAAAGUCAUCUACAGCUGUGCUUUCAAGACACUAUUGCUGAUCACUUGUGCUCACUUCUUGGCACGAAAGCUUGGAAAGCUCCUGGACUCUGGUGUUCGUUACUGACCCUGGCCUCAAAAAUGCUGUAAGAGGUCUGAGCAAGGUAAGAUUCUGAGAACCCAGCUGAAGAAACAAGGUAUUUUUGUCUUUCAAUCACAAUCUCAGUCUUUUGCCAGUACUUGAAGAAGAUGGACUCUGAAUUAUUUUUAGAAUCCCAAUACCUUUCAUUUUGAAUCUUAAAUCCACAUGUGUUAGCAUUUUAACCAAAGAAUGUGUAACUCAUGCCAAAUUUAUUAAAUGCUUAAGAUACUUUCUGUAACACCAUUGCAGAACCAUAUUGUAGUCUGUGGCUAGUGCAAUAUAAAAUGUACAAAACACAGAGGUCAAAUAUUUUGAUAUUAUGCACCUGUCUCCUUCUUAUACCCAUUAAUAUUUUAAUAAUUUUACUACUUUUGAAACAGGCACUAUUUUAUUUCUCUAGGACAAGUGUUAGAAAAAAAUCACUGAUCUUAACUGUAAGACUGAGUUUAUAAAACUGAAGAUCCCUGAUCCUCCAGUUCAAUAAAAAUGUAAAUAUUUCCUCUGAGAAAAAGAUAACUGGGGUGACUUGAGCUCUGCUGCAUCUCCCACACAAAGUGUGGGAAGACCAAAGAACUUUCCUCCAGCCCUAGCAGUACCUAUAGAGGACUACCAGCCUUUUGUCCCCUUUCAUACACUCAGAACAUGAAACAUUAUUAUAACUGUUAAAGAAAAUUAAUUUUACAGAAAAGUGUGAUGGACAUAGAGAAUAAAUUUGUGCCUCUCUCCUCAGUCAUGAAAUUCUGGCUUUUGCAAGUUGAGCUUAAUUAGACAUCUGUGUUGUACCUGUUACACACGGGAACUUGACUUAGUGUUUCUUUUGGCAUGGGUGUGAGUUUUUUAAUUAUGAGGUAGACUUAGACAAAGUGCCACACUGGAGUCGUAGAGGCCAGAUUUUCUGGUGGUAUAGCAUGAGCUCAGAGGAGCUCAGCCAAUUCUUACCAGUUCAGUCAACUUCAGACUUUGUGUCAUUGCUUCCCUUAAAUCUCAACUGAAUGCAACUUCUGGUCUCUGACUAUAUCUCUUCUUUGUAGAUUAAUUAACAAUCUUUAUCCCAUUUUCCCUAUUUAUCUAGGCUGACAAACAGUCCAAGCAUUCAGGAACAGUGUCCCUGUUGGUAACAAGCCACUUAGAAUAGUUGGGCAGCAGCACUUCUAUCAUGAGCUGUGGUUUCAGUGAAUUUAUUUCUUUACUGUGUCCUUCUAGGUUUCAGGACCUUGUGUAUUUAGAAAUUACUAAAGCACACUCAACAGAGAGAAGAAAUGGUUUGAGGAGAUUUUCUGUUUCUUUGUUUUCUUCAGGAAAAACUUUGCUUUGUAAUGAAGCAAUCUCAUGAUAUCAGGUGACUGGCACAUUCUAAUGGCCUCAUCCUGCUGUUUUUUACUCAUACAAUAACUCUACUCAAUGUCUUGAGUCAUUCAAUUUAGUUGUAAAAAGAAUGAGUUAAAAACUUCCUAUAACUUUUAUAACUAAUUAGCAAAACAUCCUUCUGCAAGCAGCAUGCUGUGCUAAAACAAACAUUGUGUGCAAUGCUGAGACAUCUCAGUUGGCAGCCGUAGCUUUUCAUCAUUGAUGGUUAAAUGAUUUUUACCAUUUGCUUCCUGAAUAGAAUAAUUAAUGAAACAGAUUCUUCUUCCCCCACAUACUUUUAUGUGGGGUCCCCCUAAUGCUGUGGCCUGCUGUCCUGCAGCUCUUUGAUGCUUCAUCUUCUCAGCUGUGGCUGCUGUUCUUGCUUGCACUCCCUCAGCUCCCAUCUGGAUAUCUACUACCUUCACAUGGCAAAAGAUUAGCCAUUUACUUAUGUAUUUAUUUACCUAUUUUUAUCUAUGAAGUUGCUCUGACCAUCUAUGCUAGCCAAUAAAAUUUUUCAAAAAGGUUUUAGAUUUGGAUUGCCAAUCCUAUACCAAAUUUGAGCAAACAUGACCAUCUGACCUGAGACAGAUUUACAGAGUAAUCACAUAUGCCACAUUUUUACAGACAACAGGUCUAAAAAUAGCACUGUAAGUUCUGUCGUUGUUAAACUUAGUGCUAUAAAUCUCCAGUGACCAUCUCCAAUGUUUCUCCCUAAACAAUGCAUCAUUAUGAUGAUCCCUCAAGCCGCUUGAUUUUGUCCCCAUGCGUUAAUGCCCUGUGAAAACUUGUUGAAUCCCACUUUGCAUAGGAAAUCAUAGGUCCAUAUUUACAAGUAUAAGUAAGUAAUUUUUCAAUGGUGUAUGGGAAAGCAGUGCACCAAAAUGACCAAUAUAUGCUGAAGCUGGCAGACAGAAAAUAAACAUGAUCCUGUAGGAACACACAAUAUUUUUUUAAGAUAUAUGAAAAUGACAAAAAUUAAACAUAGUAUUUCUGGUGACAUUAGUGAGCUUUAAGAGUAGGUUCAUGAAGCUUUCAAAUUCUUUCACUGAUAAAAAUAAUCCCUUGCAAAGGGAAAUUAAUCUCUUUUAAACCAUUUCUUUUUGUCAGUCUUUGAAAAAAGUUUUCACAGAUUCAAUAUUCUGACAUUCUGUCUUAGCAUCUCAAGCUCAAUUUCUUCUAACUUUAUGAGCAUAACUGACAGUCCUCCCCUGCACAAAAAUGACUGCUUGCCUAUCUCAGCCUCUGAAGCAUCAUUACAGCUCAGCAGAGUAAUUCUGUCCAAAAGAAGUCAGUCCCAAUUGUGUAUCUGGCCAACCAGACCAUGGACCUGGUGUGCAUUUUUUCUGGGGCUUGGCCUCUAUUGUUCCAGGAUUUCCCUAGUUCCAAUAUGCCAUUGCACAUUAAUACAGACCUGAGGAAAAUUUUGGCAGACACUCGUCAAGGAAACGAGACAUAUAGAGAUAUACAUAUGUGUAAUUUUUUUUGUUUUUAGAAUACCAAGACCAAAUCACUUUGGGAUACUAUUUAAAAUAGGACUGUGGAAUUUCUCAGAUCAUCAGGUUUUCUCUUAAAUCAAAUCUAGGGAUCAGCAUAUGGAAAUAAAAAGGACUAUUGUCUUUCAACAAGGAAUGCAGACAAAGUGCUGAAACAUUUAUAGUCCCAGGAUAAGCAGAAAAGGACUGCACUAGUUAAAGCCUGCAAGAAUUCCUCACAGAACAGAGGAAACACUGAGGCAAGAUGCUGAGAAAAUCAGUAAAAAGGUGCAGAACAAGAGACGGUAAUCUGAUACCAAUAGGGAUGGAGAGAAGUUCUUCUGCAAACAAAAUAGAUAUUCCUGUCUGGAUAAAUCAGUGUAUUUGCUCACUGUAACUGCUGACAACAAUUUUCUUUGAAUUUUAUGAGAUGUUUUCUUUGAAUUAAAUGAGAUGUCUAGAUUCCUUGUAUGUGCAAGUCCAAUCAAAAAAUGAUGGCACAUACAUACCAACAAGACACUCCUAUUAAAUGUAUUAAAAGCUGUUUAGUGCAUUUUCUAAAAUCUCUCGUUCUUCACAUAAGAAAGCUUUGUAUGUUUAGAAAAUGCAGAAACCUCACAGCAUCAGUUGCUUCAGGACAGAAUACUAAAUACUUGAACAACGAAUGGACCCACAUCUGAUGUUUGGAAAUUUGGGUAAAUAAAAGAAGCUAACAAUAUCAAAAUAAAACAUAGAUGGUGAGCCAAAAUUCCAACCAUAUUACAAAGAAGUUGGAUAUUUGUUGUAAUAGAGAUCCUUCUCUAAUACAAGAUAGUAGUAUUGUAAAUGACAGAAAAUAAAGAAUCCUUAUUCUGUGUGGAUGGGACAAAAUCCCACUGCAUUCAGUGGGACAAGCAUGUUAUUGAUCAUAUUUAUCCUUCCUGCAAAAAAAAAUGCAUUUCCACACAUUCCAGAAAGAAACACAAUAAAUUAAAAUACAAUCUUUAUAAGUGCUGAUCUUGCAGCAUAACUUCUUGCCUUUACACGUUUUCUGUUGUUUCAAACUGUAUGUAUGAUGGAAGGUAUCUGAUAUGUUGUACUAAAGUCUAUUUGGAUUGCAGCAUUGCUAUGAAAAGAAUAGAAGAAAAAGAGCAUCCAAAGCUUACUGCUGAUUUUAUGUUAAAGCUGACUAUAAUGUUUGUAUUUACCAAAGCUAUUAAUACACUGAUGGUGUAAAUCUACUAUAUUUUGAAUGGAAAAAAAUAUGAAGAAAUUAAUAACUUUAUAAUUAAAGUUCUAAUUUUCAGCAUUUAAAA